ACAGGUCCCCACAGAGGUUGCCAGCAUCUCAUUGGCUGGGAUAUCGCAGGAGUGGAUGGAAGCAGGAGCGAGACGGGAGAGAAAGCUCAAGAAGAUGCAACUACUGUGCCACAGCAUCCUGACAGGGCGCUGAGCUGAGGGAUGAAAGAGGUGUAGACACAUGCCCGACCUAUUUUUUCUUUUUGCAGAUUCCUGCUCCUCCUUGUAGAUGGAAAAAAACGGAGUGGAGUAAAAGGAUAACUUCCUCCACAUUGCUGCUGGAAUGAGCUCUCUGGCUAAAAGGUGCAGAGAAGCAACAGCUGGGCCGACUGAUGUGACGCUCCUUGGAUCUCAGCAUCACCUGGACGUGAUCCCUAUCUAAGCCGCCUGCAUCCAAACCUGUUCACUGGUGGAGGGAGCUUUUUCAGUCAUCCCCAGGCUGCACAAGUUGUCUUCAGGCAGCGCUCAGAGAAAGGUGGCUGCUUUUACUGUAAAUGUGUGUCCCCGUUGCUGGCACUGGAUUGUCACCCUCCAAGUCUCCUGCCCCUGCCGACAGCCCCUGGAAGCCAACCGCUCUGACUCUGGGAUGGUGUGACCUCGAGCCAGCUGUUGGCUGUCCCACAUCUGGGUCAAGAUGCCAGUGAUGAAGGGCCUCCUGGCCCCUCAGAACACCUUUCUGGACACCAUUGCUACACGCUUCGAUGGCACCCACAGUAAUUUCCUGCUGGGUAAUGCCCAGGGCCACCGCGGCUACCCCAUCGUCUACUGCUCGGACGGCUUCUGCGACCUGACGGGCUUCACGAGAACCGAGGUGAUGCAGAAGAACUGCAGCUGCCGCUUCCUGUACGGAGCCGACACCAGCGAGCAUGUGGCCCAGCAGAUGGAGAAAGCUCUGGAGGGUCGAGAGGAGUACCAGGCCGAGGUCCACUUCUACAGGAAGAAUGGUGCCGCCUUCUGGUGUCUGCUGGACAUCGUGCCCAUCAAGAACGAGAAAGGCGAGAUGGUCCUCUUCCUUUUCUCGUUCAAGGACAUCACCGACACGCAUGGAAAAAGCCACCACAACAGCAAGAAAGAGGUUUCAGACGACAAGAGGAGCAGGAGGAAGAGCAACUCCCACUUCAGCCAGGCCCGGAAGCGUGGACGCACCAUGUUGUACCAGCUGACCAGCCAGUUCUCGGGGGGGGGCAAGGGAGAGGUCAACCUGGGCGGCAGCAUGAUCGACAAGCCUUCAAUACCAGAGUACAAGGUGGCAGCGGUGCAAAAGUCCCGCUUCAUCCUGCUCCACUACAGUGUUUCCAAAGCCCUGUGGGACUGGCUCAUCCUGCUGGCGACCUUCUAUGUGGCUGUCACCGUGCCCUACAAUGUCAGCUUCACGCCGUAUGACGAUACUGUCACAGCCGCGCGCUCCACCAUCGUCAGCGACAUCGUGGUGGAAAUGCUCUUCAUCAUAGACAUCAUCCUGAACUUCCGCACCACCUACGUGAGCCAGUCGGGCCAGGUGGUGUAUCAGGCGCGCUCCAUUUGCAUCCACUACGCCACCUCCUGGUUCUUUGUGGACCUGGUGGCUGCCCUGCCCUUUGACCUGCUGUAUGCCUUCAACAUCACCGUGACCUCAUUGGUUCAUUUGCUGAAGACGGUGCGGCUGCUGCGCCUCCUUCGUCUGCUUCAGAAGCUGGACCGCUAUUCCCAGUACAGCGCCAUGGUGCUGACCUUACUAAUGUCCGUGUUUGCGCUGCUGGCACACUGGAUGGCCUGCAUCUGGUACAUGAUUGGACGCAAGGAGAUAGAGACCAGUGAGAGCUGGGACAUUGGGUGGCUCCAUGAGCUGGGCAAACGUCUGGAGACGCCCUAUGUCAACAGCACAGUCGGCGGCCCGACGGUGCGCAGCUCCUACAUAGCUGCCCUCUACUUCACCCUCAGCAGCCUGACCAGUGUGGGCUUUGGCAACGUGUGUGCCAACACUGACGCUGAGAAGAUCUUCUCCAUCUGCACCAUGCUUAUUGGCGCGCUCAUGCACGCCCUUGUCUUUGGUAACGUGACGGCCAUCAUCCAGCGCAUGUACUCACGCCGCUCUCUCUACCACACACGUAUGAAGGACCUGAAGGACUUCAUCCGUGUCCACCGCCUGCCCCAGCAGAUCAAGCAGCGCAUGCUGGAGUACUUCCAGACCACAUGGUCUGUCAACAACGGUAUAGAUGCCAACGAGCUCCUGCACGACUUCCCUGAUGAGCUGCGGGCUGACAUCGCCAUGCAUCUGAAUAAGGACAUCCUCCAGCUGCCGGUCUUUAAGGGAGCCAGUCGUGGCUGCCUGCGCUCUCUCUCCCUUCAUAUAAAAACCUCCUUCUGCGUCCCUGGGGAGUAUCUGAUCCGUCAGGGUGAUGCACUACAUGCCAGCUACUUUGUCUGCUCCGGGUCUCUGGAGGUGCUGAAAGACUGCAUGGUGCUCGCCAUAUUAGGAAAGGGCGACCUGAUUGGGUCUGACCUGCCUGGAACAGAGCAGGUGAUCAAGACCAAUGCUGAUGUGAAGGCGUUGACCUACUGUGACCUGCAGUACAUCAGUGUGCGAGGCCUGAGAGAGGUGCUGGAGCUUUACCCGGAAUACGCCAGCGUGUUCGCCUCUGACAUCCACAACAACCUCACAUAUAACCUGCGUGAGGGCAGCCAGGACGAGGGUCUCAACAGGUUUUCAAGGUCACCCAGGCUCUCCCAUGAAUCCCGGCUCCCCUCCAUCGUGGAAACUAAGGGUGACGACCCAGACGAGGCCUUCCACCUCUCUCCUGCCACCCGUUCUCGUCGCAACCUCCUGCUGCCCAGCUUCAGCAGCCCCGUCCGCCGCACAUCCCUGGGAAACCUCCUGGGUGACGAGCUGCGGCAGUUCAACGCUCUGCGCCGCUGCCGCUCCCCCAAUCUCAGCCGUGGCUUCCAAGGCCAGGGCUCGUCCCCUCUGCCAUCGACCAAACGGGAGCACAGCACCCCUGCGGCGAUCCCAGCCUCAACUUCAGCCCAGGCAGAGUCAGGAGCUGAGCAGAAGCCUACGAAGCUGCUCAUCCCAACCGUCACCUGCUAUGGACCCCCAGACCUUAGUCCCAGGGUUGUAGACGGCAUCGAAGACAAUGGGCACGCGUUCCAUUUUAACGUGGAGCACAGCGGGCCGAGAGCCAGCAGAGGGGGCAGCGUCCAAGACUCCACGCAGGCAAAUUCCACCCUGUUGCUGGAGACCGAGGAGGUCAGGCAGAGUAUCAGUCAACUCAACCAAAAGAUGGGCACCUUAAACCAGGAAGUAUCUGAGCUCACCAAGGGCCUCCACCACAUGAUGCACCUCCUCCAGACUUACAUCUCCGUGCAUCACUACCAAGCCACAUACCCGUACAGUGUCCAGAUGGUGCCCAGCCCCCCAACAAACCCCAGCACUGGCAUAUCGUUGAACCUACCAUCAGCCUACCACCUCCACAAUGACCCUGGGAACCACGAAGGCCACAGCCACCAAAGUGUCCCCCCCACUGGCCAGUGGAGCUACAGUGGAGCUGCAGAAACCCAGACAGAGAUCCACCAUCGACCUCGAUCAUCCAGUCCAGCUGCUAACUCCUGUCCGCCCCUCUCUCUGAACCCUGCCCCCACCUUAGACUCGUGUCGCGGCUCUGAGAGCACGAUCACACAUGUGUGGACCACCCCGUCUCUUCUCAGCGUUAGCCCGGGCUUCCAGGGUGGAGGUCCAGGCCUUGCUAGGCAUGACGCCUCUAACAACAGACCUCUCGGUGCUCACCCAGCGACUAUCAGCCGGUCCCAGCCCACUUUGUGCCUGCAGCCUCCCAGUGAUAGUGAUGAAUACUUGUGUCAUUUGUCCAGCGCCCCCACAGGUACGUCCACACCCAGCCUGCUGGACUUGUCACCAAGCUCUUACCCCCAUCUCUGCCUGCCGUCAGAGUCUCAUCUCAGUUUGCCCAAAACGUCACAUGAGGACAUACAUGCUCUGAUGUCCUCCCCAACAUCUCAUAAUCUGAUCCAGGACACCUCCAUCUUCCAAAUGGAAGACUCUUACCCCUCCGUCCACCCUGUCUCUCCCUCUCCGCCCACAUUGCCCAGCCACCCUCCCAGAUCCUCCCCCGAUUCAGGGUCACCACGAUUAGGCGCUCUUGAGCCCCAUCUACCACUGCGCGACCCAUCUGCCACAGAACAUACCAGUCUGGAGUGCCUACUGGGGAACAGGGGCUCUAUGGAGAGCAGGGACAGUGAAAGUGUGUCAUCACGAAGAUCCAGCAUUGGCGUGCACACUCAGAGCACAGAACAGUCGUGGUGUCUGGACCUCACAGAUUAGACUGUUUCAGGGGCAGACUCACUGAUUUCACUGCAACUGGGAAGAAAAGCAGUAACUGAAAUGCAAACGUACAGUGUUUAAAGAGACUCUGCUAGAGAUUGUCAAUGUGUGCUGUAUUUCCCCCUUUUAAUUCCUUGGCUCUCGUAUUUGUCAAGCUCCACGCAAUUUACACCAUUUCUAUGCAAAAGCAUGUCAUUUGUGCAUUAUCUUGGCUUUACUAAAGUGUGUCUUUAAAGAAAAGCUCCACAGUAGUGGUUCUACUAUAUAACUCUUUAUUAUUUCCGACAUCCUUGGUGCAAUUUGCAGUUGAUAAAACCUGUUACCUCCUUGCAUGGUAAAGUUGUUUAUUCUUUUUCCUAAGGAAAAGGUUCCCAAAUCAGUGUGCAAGCAUUCUACAGUACAAGAGAACCUGUAUGUUGUGCACACAGAGACUGUAUUGAUAGGCAGGUCAGAGCAGUGGGAUGUUUCAUGGAUUUCAAAACCAACAUGUCACAUGCUUCACCUUGCAUAUAGGGAGUACAGUUUGUGCGUCACACAGCAGAGAUUGUUUCUCCUUGUUGAAUUGAAUGUUUUUCUCAGUUUAGCAUUUUUUUAUUUACAGAUUCAUACUUCGACUGUGAAUAUCCAAACUCCACAAAGCAGUUCACGAUACAAAAUGUUUGAUUUCAUGGAACAUCUCUUGUUUUGAAUUCUCUCCUUCAGGAGAUAAUAUUCGUGAUUGUUCCUCACCAAGGCAUUAAAUAUAACGCUGUGAAAUAGGUUUUGAAAUGGAUUUUCACAAAAAAGAAAGGUGGAAAAGGUUCUUUGAUUCAGUAAAUAUAGUUGCUGAAAAACAUAAAUAAAUACACACAUUUAGCUGAAAAUGUCCAAUUUAAUAUUUAAUACUGUUAUUAAUUGACUUACUAUGAAUGCCUCUCAGAAUAAAAACAGUCACGAUACACAUAUGAUUCAGAAUAUUCAAGAAUACUAUCCCGAUUGAUUGAUUGAUUGAUUGAUUCUGAUAUUCUGAAUGAUU